CCAAGCUUAACUCUGCUGUAAUUUGGGUUCAGUUCCACAACUUGCCAAUCGAAUGUUGGGAUGGAGAAACUCUUGAGACUAUUGCUAGCAAUUUUGGAAAUCUCAUUAAAGUGGAUGAAUUUACAUCCACGCUGGCUAGAUCUAAAUAUGCUCAAGUUUGUAUUGAAAUAGAUUUAUCUAAACCUCCCUGCCGUGGAUUUUGGAUUAGUGACAAUUCUCACAAAGUGUUCGUUGUUGUGAUGUACGAGCGAUUACCGACCUUUUGUUACAAUUGUGAGCUUAUCGGUCAUGGAAGUAAUUCGUGCACUCGAUCCUCGUCGUUCGGGGCCAGUGAGAUCUCUUUACCCUCUCAUGAAGAACGACUGCCGGUAGAGAGAGCCAUCCAAGUCUCGCACGACGCCAAUCAACGCAGGGAUACUUCAGACCCUAUAUUCGUCCCUUGCUCUGAGGAUAAACUGGAAACAGAUUUCGGGCCUCGGCUUCUGGUGUCCCGCUGGCGUGGCCGUGCCCGGGGUCGUGGCGGUGGUGCAGUUCAUGCCACUCAUGUGACCCCGCGAACAACAGCCGGUUCAGAUACCGAAUUCACUGAGUCCCGAGGCACCGCCUCUCACAGCUUACGUGGUAGAUCCCGGUUCGUUGGGAGAGGGCGGUCCUCCACUAUUCAUGCUCCUCACGCUCCCCCAAGCUCUGAUGCCGUAACAACCCCACUCAUCCACUCUCCCAUUGCAAAUCUAGCCGUUAAUCAAAGCAACGAGAUCAUCACCGCCCACAUUGAAAAUAACCCCUCAAAUCUUGUACAACCUUUAUCUGAUUCUCCUAAUCCCCAGGCUUCUCUUCUGAACGACUCCUCCACUCAAAUCAUCCCAUUUAGCGGUUCUCGAGACAGUCCAUCGCCUAACUUACCCUCUCAAAUCACUCCUUCUCACAACCCCUGAGUCGCACAGCUAGACACCUCCUCUCGACCCACUUCCCCUCGCCCCAUCCUUCGAACAUCUAUUCCAGUUGUCCCCCUUAACACUUCAUCUUCUGGACACCUGCAUGGUUCUCUUGUAGCAACAGUCUCCUCUGCCCUUAAAUCCAGUGAGAUGGAGGAGGAUAAUGGAGAAAACGAUGAUUCAUCUGAAGAAGAAGACGAAGAGAUGCUUGAUGAGGAAGACGGGCCCGACGACUCUAUGACGCUGGUUCAAUAUCAAGCGGAAAUCAGACGAGAUGCCCUCAUCAAAAAAGGGUCACAUACUAAUGAGAUUUCGCCAAAAAAAGGCAGGGUAAAAACCGAGAGCUCUUGUACCUGAGAAUUCAGUGUUCAUCCUGUAGUCUUCCCGUUCACAAGGAAGUUUCUUUCUUUUUCUUUAAAUUUGUUUACCAUGAAUUCAGCUAAAAUUCUCUAUUGGAACUGUAGGGGUAUCUCCGCUGGGGAUACUUCUCGGAUUCUCAAACUCAUCAAAACGCUUAAGCCUUUCUUGGUUUGUCUUGUCGAAACUCGCGGCAACUCCGAUCGGGUUAAUCGUUUUUGUAAGAAAAUUCCUAGGCACUGGGAAUGGGCUUUUGUUCUCACCGAGGGUUUUUCUGGUGGUAUUUUCAUCCUGUGGAGCUCGUCCAUAAGCCAGAACAAUGGGAUGGGUGGAUAAUUCUUGUGUCUUCUGCGGGCUUCAUCGUGAAACGAUCGACCAUUUAAUGUAUCAGUGCAAUAUAAUCCAUGGUGUCUGGGAUCAAAUCAAUUCCAGGAUGAACAUGUCUAUAUUAUUCACUAAUGGAUUCUCCUCUGGAAAUUGGGUCAUCGAGUUUGGCCAGUCUAUGAACACAUUAGCAAUCAUCGCGGCUGGUGCUGGGUACAUAUGGAUUUGCCGUUGCAAUGCAAUAUUUAAAAACAUUCGUCCCAAUUACUCUUCCAUUGUGAACAGGGCAGCGACACAUGUCCGUGAUUUCUCCUUCAACACUAAAGACCCUCUUGGCAGAAAAUUAAUUUUAAACAAUUUCUCUAGUGCUGACGGAUACUUCAUCUUCACUCGUGCAGCUUCAAAUCACAAUUUAGAGGUAAGAUCGGUCGGUUUCUUCUUUUCUAAUGCUACAUACAAGAUUUCUUUUGCAGGCUGUGUCUCUCAAUGUAUGCAUGACAACUCCUCGGAUGGAGUCCUGGCAAAUCAGCAACCUUAAUUUCUUAUUGGAUAUGUGUUGUCGCCCCCGCAUCCAUAUUAUACCAUUUUCUUGGGGAAUGCCGGCAGCCAAUCUGGCGUCCUUCGGCUUCCAUCACCAGUACCUCAACCUGUUUCUUUUUGGAAAAGAUCUUCCUUAUUGGAUCAUGCACUCUUUUGUCAAUAAUGGGUUUACCUUCUAAUUGUAGUUUCGUUUUCUUGUUCUUUUAGCCUCUGUAACUUCUUUAGCUUCUUUUUGGUUUCAAUAAAUUAGC